CGUCUUCUCCAUCUCUCGACCCGCUUCGCUUCCCCCGUCCAACACAAACAAUGGAACACAUUUUCAUAAAAGAAUUGCCAUUUUCAGAUCAAUGCAGCAGCGCCACUCCCCGCCGAUCUCCCACCUGCUCUCCUUCAUCAACCCUCUUUAAUUUCUCCAGAUCUGCAGAUUUUUAAUCCCUCAUUGUUUUUGUUAUUUCUUUUCUUUCGCCCUUCUGAUGUCGUCGUCGUUGAUUUUUCUAAUAUUUAAUUUAUAAUUUUUUUUAAUCCUCUCCUUCUCGUCUCGAGUCUACAAAAUGGAAGAGGAUCGGCACGAGCCCUCUGGUUCGUCCCCACAGGACAAUCGCGGAGGAGUCGGCGGCGGCGGCAGCGUGCAAAACCAUCUCGCUUCCUCUGGCGGCAGCCUCUCGAGCUCCCUCGCCGAGGACGAACUAUUUGAGCCCGUCUCCCUCCGGGAUCUGGACCUCGUCGCCGCCCCGUCACCCCGUUCUGAUCCUGCCCUCGUCUCCACCCGUCCCCCCGGCUCCGACGAUUUCAACCGCUCCUACGCCCCCUUGUCUCCCCCCGCCGACGCAUCUGUCUCACCUCCAGUCGAAAUGGCGGGGGAUCUGCCGCGCAGCCCGUCGGAUGAGGGGUCCACUGGUAACUUCGACUCGUACUUGUCCCCCGUAGCGUCACCGCCGAAGCCGAGGGCGAAGCCAGCCACGUCUGAUGUUCCGCCGGAUAUCGUUCACUUGGUUGACUCGGCCAUAAUGGGGAGGGCGGAGGGCUUGGAGAAGCUCAAGUCAGUGGUAUCCGAGGGUAGCGGUGAUGAUGUCAUCGGCGUUUCUAGAUCCAUUGUGGAUGCCCUUCUCACUACGAUGGGAGGCGUUGAAGGUCUGGAUGAGAUUGAUGGCAGCAGGGAUGCUGUUUGGAAUCCUCCCACCGUGAUGUUGAGUUCGAGGGCUGCGGUGGUAGCUACAGAGAUAAUCCCCUGGUUACCCUGCGAAUGGGAUUCUCUAACUUACAUGUCGCCAAGGACUAGAAUGGCUAAAGGCCUGCUAUUGAUCUUACGAGCUUGCACCAGAAACCGGACAAUGUGUUCAGCUGCUGGUUUGUUGCGUGCUCUUCUCCAAUCAGCAGAAAAAAUAAACUCCGUUGAUCACAAUUCCUGGGAUGGAAAGUGGUUGUUCCAGUGCAUUCAGGUUUUAGCAGGGCAUUCUUUGAGUACAAUUGAUCUCCACAGAUGGCUUGGUCUCAUCAAGAAGUCUGUGUCAACUGACUUGGCUGUGCCUUUGUUGCUAGCACUGGAGAAGGCCAUGGGAAGCAGGGAGGCAAUGGGUCCUGCUUACACUUUUGAAUUUGAUGGCGAGAGCUCUGGCUUGCUAGGCCCUGGUGACAGCCGAUGGCCUUUCUACAAUGGAUAUGGAUUUGCAACAUGGAUUUACAUUGAAUCAUUCUCUGACACCCUUAACACAGCAACUGCUGCUGCCGCUAUUGCUGCAGCCGCAGCCGCAAAGUCAGGUAAGUCAUCUGCCAUGUCAGCAGCUGCUGCAGCCAGUGUACUUGCUGGAGAAGGGACAGCUCAUAUGCCUAGGCUCUUUAGUUUUUUGUCUUCUGACAACCAAGGAGUGGAGGCAUACUUCCAUGGGCAGUUCUUGGUGGUGGAGUGUGGCAGCGGGAAGGGAAGGAAGGCUUCUCUGCACUUCACUCAUGCUUUCAAGCCUCAAUGUUGGUACUUUGUUGGAUUGGAACAUAGUUACAAGCAAAGUUUGUUAGGAAAGGCUGAAAGUGAGUUGAGACUGUAUGUGGAUGGCAACCUAUAUGAGAGCCGCCCUUUCGAAUUUCCACGCAUCUCGAAGCCCUUAGCGUUUUGCUGCAUUGGGACAAACCCUCCUCCAACAAUGGCUGGCCUUCAGAGGCGCAGGCGCCAGUGUCCACUGUUUGCAGAGAUGGGUCCUGUCUACAUAUUUAAGGAGCCAAUUGGUCCAGAAAAAAUGUGUCGAUUGGCUUCUAGGGGAGGAGAUGCACUUCCUUGUUUUGGUAAUGCUGCUGGAUUACUCUGGAUGGGAAUGAAUGACCAUGCGAGGAGUAUGGCAAAAGAGUGCUUUGCAUUGGAUGCUGAUAUUUCAGGAAGUUUGCAUCUUUUAUAUCAUCCUAAAUUGCUAAAUGGCCGUUAUUGUCAAGAUGCUUCACCAUCAGGUUCAGCAGGUAUUCACCGUCGACCUGCUGAGGUCCUUGGGCAGGUUUAUGUUGCUUCUCGUCUGCGCCCAGCUGAAGCUUUAUGGGCCUUAGCCUAUGGUGGUCCAAUGAGUUUGCUUCCAAUGACAGUAAGCAAUGUGGAGAAGGAAGGCCAGGAACCUAUUCUGGGUGAUUUUGCUUUGUCACUCGUAACUACUUCCCUCUCUGCCCAUAUUUUCAGAAUUAUCUCAAUUGCCAUCCAACAUCCUGGAAAUAAUGAAGAGUUAUGUCGCACCCGAGCACCUGAACUUUUGUCAAGAAUCUUGCUUCAUCUUUUACAGUCUCUUUCUAAAAUGGAACUUGGGAAGCAACAUGUAUCUAGUGCUGAGGAACUUGUCACUGCUAUUGUGUCACUAUGUCACUGUCAAAGAUAUGACCAAAAACUUAAAGUUCAUCUUUUUAGAACUUUGCUGCUGGAUUUGAAGCUGUGGAGUCGGUGCAAUUAUGGUUUGCAAAAAAAGCUUCUUUCUUCGCUUUCAGAUAUGGUAUUCACAGAAGCAUCUGUCAUGAGGGAAGCAAAUGCUCUGCAAAUGCUUCUUGAUGGCUGUAGAAGUUGCUAUUGGGUUGUUAAGGAGAAAGAUUCAGUUGAUACUUUUUCUCCUAAUGGAACAUCAAGACCUAUUGGUGAAGUGAAUGCUCUCAUUGAUGAACUGUUAGUGGUUAUUGAACUUUUAGUAGGUGCUGCAUCACCUUCAUCGGCAGGUGAUGACGUUCGAUGUUUGAUUGGUUUCAUGAUUGACUGUCCACAACCGAAUCAGGUUGCUAGGGUUUUGCACUUAUUCUAUAGAUUGGUUGUGCAGCCAAAUACAUCUCGAGCUAGCACAUUUGCACAAGCUUUCAUAUCUUGUGGUGGAAUAGAAACACUACUUGUUCUUCUACAACAAGAAGUAAAAAUUGGGAACUGUUAUAUAUUUUCUAGUUCUGAUGAAAGUGAUAAAGCUGCUAUUGUAUUACAAAAAGAUUCAGUCCUGGAAACUAGUCUGGAUGUACGAACAGAAUUGUCUGGAGAAAAGGAAUCCUAUGCCAACAACACUAGUUCUAAAUCCUUUGACACCGGUCAACGGUCUUAUGAGGUUUUAAUGGAUGGAAAUGUGGAAAGAAUGGCUUUGGCUCCUGAGAAUCAGCUUCUAAAGAAUCUGGGUGGCAUCAGUUUGUCAAUAAGUGCUGAGAGUGCUAGAAAUAAUGUCUACAAUGUUGAUGAUAGUGAUGGAGUUGUUGUUGGAAUCAUCAGUCUCUUGGGUGCUCUCAUCACCAAUGGUCAUCUGAAAAUUGUCCCAAAUAAUUUGACAACACAAUCUAGUAAUAUUCUGGGUAUUGCAGGUACUGAAGGGGGCACAAUGUUUGAUGACAAAGUAAGCUUGAUCCCUUUCGCAUUACAGAAAGCAUUUCAAGCUGCUUCAUGUAGGCUUAUGACCAAGAAUGUAUAUACAACGUUAUUGGGUGCAGCGGUAUGCUAUUUUCCUGAGCUUUUAAGUGCAUAUUGUAUACUGAUCAAGCAUUAUUUCAGAUACAAGCAGCGUGGUAAAGAAGCUAUAGAAGCAAAUAAUGUUUUCUUCUAUAUUACUUAUGAAGGGACCGUUAAUGUUGACAAAAUUGAAGAUCCAGUACAAAGACGUGCUACACAAGACCAGAUUGCAUAUUUUGGACAAACUCCUUCCCAGCUACUGACCAUUCCACACCUAAGGAAAAGACCACUGGCUGAUGUUUUACACCUGCAGACCAUUUAUCGGAAUCCAGCUGGGAUUAAGCCUUACACAGUUCCAAAUCCAGAUCGCUGCAACUUGCCAGCUGGUGCCAUUUUUGCAACUCAUGAUUCUAUUGUUGUUGUGGAUAUGAAUGCUCCUUCAGCACAUGUGGCACUCCACAAGUGGCAGCCAAAUACCCCAGACGGCCAAGGAACACCUUUCCUGUUUCAACACAGUAAAUUUGGUGCUAAUUUAACCAGUGGUGGUUCACUCAUGCGCAUGUUCAAAGGACAAGGUGGAUACAGUUCAGAUGACUGGCAAUAUCCUCAGGCAUUAGCUUUUCCUGUAUCUGGAAUCCGAAGUUCAGAAAUUGUUGCGGUGACAUGUGACAAAGAGAUAUUCACUGGUGGGCAUGCUGACAACUCCAUCAAGUUGAUCUCUUCUGAUGGAGCAAAAACCAUUGAAACCGCUACUGGACAUUGUGCACCUGUGACUUGUCUUACUCUAUCCAAAGACAGCAAUUAUCUUGUCACAGGAUCUCGUGACACAACUGUUAUUGUUUGGAGAAUUCACCGUGUUUCCCCAUCAAAUGUGAAGAAUGCCUCAGAAUCUACCUCAGCACCAGUGAGUUCUACAAGUGGUAGUGAUCCGCAUAGUACCACUGAUACCAAUAGAAGAAAGCGGAUCGAAGGCAUCAUGCAUGUACUAAGGGGCCAUCUCGGAGAAAUAAUCUCAUGUUCUGUUUGUUCUGACCUAGGUGUUGUUGCUUCCUGCUCAAAUGCUUCUGGUGUUAUCCUACACUCAUUGAGGAGAGGGCAUUUGAUAAAGAACUUAUAUAUUCAGGCACAUAUUGUUUGCCUCUCAUCUCUAGGAGUAUUGCUAAUUUGGAACAAAUUCAACAAAAGGCUCUCCACCUUUACAGUCAAUGGGAUUCCAAUUGCUACGGCUCUGGUAUCACCCUUCUCUGGCAGUAUUAGUUGCAUUCACAUUUCUGCAGAUGGGGAGAAUGCUUUAAUUGGGACAGCAUCAAGCACUGAUCAGAUAAAUAAAGACAUUAUUCCGGAAAAUAGUAGCAUGGAGCCAGAUAGGAGCGACGAAAUUGCUACAUCCAGAGAGAGUAUAACAAUUCCUGUGCCUUCGAUUGCUUUCUUGAAUUUACAUACCCUGAAGGUUUUCCAUUCGUUAGUUAUGGAAAGAAAUCAAGACAUUUCUUGCAUAGGUCUAGACAAGGACAGUACUAAUCUUUUAGUAUCAACAGUGGAUAAACAACUUAUAAUUUUCACAGACCCUGCUCUGAGUUUGAAGGUAGUGGAUCAUAUGCUUCGUCUUGGCUGGGAAGGCGACGGUCUACUCAAAUCAUGAAUACUUUUAUUCAUGUGUUUUUUGAGCUCUGGUUGCUUUCAAUCAGACAUCAACCAAGUGAUAGGAUACACAUCGUGCAAAUAGUAGGAUAGCAGCAUAGUUAAACGUGUGCAUCACAGAGUAUACAAGACUGCCUCAUUUUCUCUAUUCUGUAUAUGAUCUUAUAAUUUGUAGUUGAAAUCAAUUUUCACUCGCCUCCUUUUCCGUCUUAGACUCAUUCUGUGUUCUUUGUGCGGCCAAUUUAUAAAGGUAACGAAUGCUGCUAUCAUGUUUUACUUUUAGUUGCUGUCUGUCAAGUCAUUUUGUAUAUUUUUUUUUUAAAAUAGUGAACCAAUUCUGGCC